GGACAUAGAACUGAUUCUCUUAGUCUCUGUCACUGGUGAAUCUUGACCACAUAGAGUAAUAGAAAAGAGAAGUGAAGAAAACAAGAUGGAUUCAAUUCUGGUGGGCUUGUGAAGAUAUGAUGACUAAUUCACAACCUCAGGCUCUCCAGAUGGAUAGGGGAGGGGAAAAUCUAGACAGGAGAGUUCAUGCUGUUGAAAUUGAUUCAGGAGAGAAGCGUCUCAAUGAGCUUGGUUACAAGCAAGAACUCAGAAGAGAAAUGUCUCUGUUGAAGACAUUUGGGAUUACAUUCUCAAGCAUGGCGGUUUUCAUAGGGACCCCUUUGUAUGGUUCAAGUCUUCUUUACGCAGGGCCUGCGCCUAUGAUAUGGGGAUGGGUGGUGGUUACAUUCUUCACCUGGUUCAUUGGGAUUGCCAUGGCUGAGAUCUGUUCUUCUUUCCCAACAGCUGGUUCACUUUACUUCUGGGCUGCUCAUUUGGCUGGCCCCAGAUGGGGUCCAUUUGCAUCUUGGUGCUGUGCUUGGCUAGAAGUAAUCGGUCUUGUUUCUGGAAUAGGUGCACAGGCUUAUUCAGGGUCACAGACAUUGCAAAUCAUCAUUUUACUAUGUACCGGUACAAACAAGGGUGGCGGAUACUUUGCUCCUCCCUGGGUGUUCUUAUGCAUGUAUAUAGGUCUAACCGUGAUAUGGGCAGUACUCAACAUCUUUGCAUUACAAGUUGUAGCCUUUCUUGGGAUAUUCUCAAUAGUGUGGCAGGUAAUUGGUGGUCUGGUUGUAGUUAUAAUGCUCCCCUUGGUGGCACUGCAUACUCAAUCUGCUUCUUAUGUGUUCACUCAUUUUGAGACAUCUCCAGAGUCAACUGGGAUCAGUAGCACACCCUAUGCAGUGAUUCUAUCAGUACUUCUCAGUCAUUACUGCUUGUAUGGUUAUGACACUGCUGCACAUAUAACAGAGGAAACAAAGGAUGCUGACAUUACUGGCCCUACUGCAAUUCUCUCAAGCAUAGGAGUCAUCACAUUGUUUGGAGGGGCUUUCUACUUAGCUCUUACUUUCAGCAUUCAGGAUCUGAACUACUUAUACGACCCGACCAAUGAGACAGCUGGGGCACUUGUACCAGCACAAAUAAUCUACGAUGCAUUUCAGGGAAGGUUCCAUCACUCUGGAGGAGCUAUAGUUUUCCUAUUCAUCAUAUGGGGAUCCUUUUUCUUUUGUGGCCUUUCAGUCACUGCUAGUGCAGCCAGAGUAGUGUAUGCAUUCUCAAGGGAUGGAGGAAUUCCCUUUUCAUCAAUAUGGAGACAAUUGCACCCAAAAUACAAGGUGCCAAAGAAUGCAGUUUGGUUGCCAGAUGCUGGGCCGGGUUAG